AUGCCUGGUCUUGGCUUCCCGACGCCCAACCCCGAUGCUGUGGAUCCCACAACGGGCGAGCCCCUCUUACAGUCCCAAUCGCCAACCGAAUGGGGACCCGCGCUCCCUGCGAUCCUCGCUUCGAAAUGUCCCGUCUUCGUGACGGGCUUCUCCCCGACGGACGUCGAGCGGGAUGUGCGCAGUUUGUCUCGGACGCCUGGUGUGGCGGGCGAGUUCGACUGGGUGCUUACACCCGGAGAGAACGCGUUCGGGAGUUUGAAGUGGGAGGUCGCGGACUUCGAUCCACGGGUCAUGAUCAAGACCAAUUGGGGCGUGUGGGGCAUCAGAGGAAAGAGGAGGGACGUGCAGGAGAGGGGCAGGUUCUUUGGGCUCUUCUAG